AGAAAAAAAAAUGUUGGAAUUUUACACGAAUAUAAAUCCCGGAUUGAUGCAGGAAGCGAUGCAGCCCCCGCUGGCCUGCGCGGGAAGAACAGAACUGAACGCUAGCAUCAAGCGUGAAAAGAUAGUCGAGAUCUGCGAGGGUUGCGGGCAGAAGAUCCAAGAUCGGUACCUCAUGCGCGUAGGGGAGUUGUCAUGGCAUGAGCACUGCCUGAGCUGCUGCGUCUGUGGGUGCCCCCUCGCACACACGUGCUACACCAGAAACGCCAAGCUCUACUGCAAACCCGACUAUGAUAGAUUGUUUGGAGUUAAAUGCACGAGAUGCGGCGACCGCCUAUUGCCGCAAGAGAUGGUAAUGAGAGCCCAGCAGUACGUGUUCCACAUACAAUGCUUCGUUUGUGUGAUGUGCUGUCAGCCAUUGCAAAAAGGCGAACAAUAUGUCAUAAGGGCUGGUCAAAUAUUCUGCCGUCAGGAUUUCGAGAAGGAAAUGUAUUUGAUGCAACAUGCGGAAGAUGACAUGAUAAUCGAUGAUUCUGAAAGGCCACGCGAUGGGCGGCGAGGUCCGAAACGACCACGGACUAUACUAACAUCGGCGCAGAGACGGCAAUUUAAAGCUUCAUUCGAAGUGAGCCCGAAACCCUGCCGUAAAGUUCGCGAGGCGCUAGCGAAAGACACCGGCCUAAGCGUUAGAGUUGUGCAGGUCUGGUUCCAAAAUCAGAGAGCUAAGAUGAAAAAGAUUCAGAGGAAAGCUAAGCAAGAAGGAGAUAAGAACAAUGAAAAAGAGAAGGAUAAAGACGAAAAAAGUAUAAAACAGGAGUCGCCGUCAAGCGAACACGGCAAUUACUUGGGUCUGGAUGGCUCUUAUUCCACGUCGAGCCAGCCUCUCAAUCCUAACUUGCCAUAUUCACCUGAUGAUUACCCAGCGCAUUCGGGCGACAGCUUCUGCAGCUCCGACAUAUCGCUCGAUGGGAGCAACUUCGACCAGCUCGACGAGGGUGCAUCGGACACAAUGAGCCUCCAGAACCUUGAGGUGCAGCACCAUUCCCACCAGCAUAACACUCACCCCUCCCACGAGCCCUUGAACUUAGGCACAGGGGCGGUUGUAAACCCGAUUGACAAGCUGUAUCUCAUGCAAAAUUCUUACUUCAGUACCGAUCAUUGAUUCUCUGGCCGCGGCGCUGGCAGAAGGUCAAGAAUUGGUCAGCGACUGCGGCACAUGGCUAUGGACCUGUGCAUGAAGUCUACAGCAACGACCACUAGUCAUACGUCCACGUAUACAGACGUGAAUUCCCUGCUGCCUACAAAUUUCGAUUUCAAAUAUUACGACAUGCAAUAUUAAACUGUCGAAGUACCCGCACAGGAUCCGUUUUUGUGUGAUCAGUGAUAGAUCGGACCGUUUUAAGUAGAAGUGCCAUUUAAUAAACAAAACCAUAUUCGUAGGAUUCUCAAUCAUAAUCGUGCUUUCUAUAAGAUGUCUUUUUAAUAGCUUGGUUUAGAUUUGUGGGACUUCAAAAUUAGAGCCAAUGUAAAAUACAGUUUAUGCAUAAAUGUAAAUAAAUUAUAUAAUAUACAAUUAAACUUUGUAACAUUAAACUGUGUUAAAAAGUUAAAUGUGUUAAAUAAAAAGUUGCGCAAAUCUUAUAAUACCUACAUAUAAUGGAAAAUUUUGUUUGAGAUUCAGUACCUAUUAUGCCACGUCAACAGAUCUCGUAGAAAAUAAAAGAAAUCCCGUUUCCACUAAAUUACUUAAUUUUUGUUUGUUGUGAUGUAAACUCCUGUCGUAACUUCUAAGUAGAUAGGUACAUAAGCAUAAAAAACAUGUAAACAUGUAUGUAGAUGUAUGCAUAAAUUACAUCUAUCACAUUCUGUAACACAAAUAGCAUAAGUAGGUACUGUAAAAAACAAAAUAUAUAUUUGGUGGAAACGUGGCUAUAAAAGAUUAUAUUUGAGUUUACUGUAUAUGUAUAUACAUUGGUAACUAGUAACAUUAAAGAUAUUAUAUACGUGCAAAUAUGGUACCAUAAUUAUGUGCAUUUUUCCUUAUCUAUACAAAACCAAAAAUGAUCUCACUAGAUAAUUUGUCUGAAAAACACUAAGUCAAUAAAAAUAAAUAUUACUAGAUACAUACAUUCUGCAUUCAUAGGAAUAAUUCGUAAAACCAUUAAUUUAAAUUUGG